AUGAUAUAUCUCGACCACAACGGGCAAUGGCAACUACAAGCCUCACCCUCAAUCGCAGGCUGUGAAGGGGCAAUCUUCACACCUGAAGUUACAGAUCGAUUUAUAGAAAUGACUGGUCAAGUCUCACAGACCAGCCCACAGUUCACAAACCAAGCCCACUCCCCCCACUCUCCCUGGGAGGAGUCGUCGCCGUGGGGUCAGACCCCUCAGACGAGACAAGAAAUGAUUCCAUUCCAAUGGGCAUCGCAGCAAAGCCGAAAGAAAUCAAAGCGGAACGGGAGUAUACUCAAGACCCGACCCAAGUCUACUUCGCCAUCACCCACUCCACCACCACCUGGACGGACCGUCCUUCGUGUCGGAAACCGCGCCCUGCUGCGACGAUACUACGAGAAGGCGUUUGAGGAUUUCCAGCAACUCAACUGUCGUGCCAUUGCGAAGUCUUAUAUCAAGCUUGUCGAGCCCAGAAAGCAGGUCCAUUACCCGUACAAUGGACGUAGGGUCAUCGCCGGUGUUUCACAGCGUGUCGAUCCGGAGUAUACGAAGCCUGCAUGGUGGCCUGCUGGUGUCUUGCACAAGGAGCCUGAUCACCUGCUCAAGCCUGAUCGAUUAAAGCUUCUUGUGCAUAUCCUAUGUGAGCUCAAAGACAGCCACGGCGUUACAACGGACAAAUUACGCGAGGCCGGCCAAGAUGUGAGACGUCAGAUUACACCCGCCCACAGGCUGCAGGUCCUUGACGAGAUCUAUUUUGUACGACAGAUGGAAGAACAGUAUCUCGAUGGUGAAAUCGACGCCAAUACCAUGAUUCAAGUAACACAGACGCAGUUACCGGAGGCAAUCUUCCCAGAAGGCGACGAAUUGUCAUCCCGCGCGCAUGUAGCGCCAGUACCAACAUCAUCAGUCAUUGAGAUGGAGCAGAAUACGCAUGAUUCUGGUGAUGAGCUCAGUAUUCCCACACUGGAAGAAGAUGACACCAAGACACACCACUCACAUACUCUUCCACUCUCGCCCACAACCAGCGAGUCAAGUGGUCCGCACAGCCCAACGGGUAGCUUUAGCUAUCCAAUGGGCAUGGUACCAUCCGUGAAUGUCAUUCCUCCUCAUGAGUCUCCAAUGGUCACCAAGUCUAUGAAUCCAAAUCCGGGUUAUCUGCCCGGUUACUACGCGCAACCAUUUGUGCCUGAAAAGGGGACUGGGUUCUGGUCAAAUGCCAACUCUAUGGGGCACUAUGGGUAUUAA